ACUAUUGAACAACAAGACAUCAACAGCAACAAGAUAUCACAGAUCAACUGCUUUUACAAAACAAUGGAAGACAGCAAACAGACUGAGGAAUCAAAGCUGAGGAUCGUGCUCCUGGGAAAGACCGGAGUUGGUUUGAGUGCGUCAGGAAACACCAUCCUUGGGAGGAAAGAGUUUACGAGUGAACUGUCUUCUGCAUCUGAAACAAGAGAGUGUAAGAUGAAGGAAAGAAAGUUUGAUGGACAAACACUGGCUAUUGUUGAUACUCCAGGUCUGUUUCACACAGACAACGAUCAUAAGAAGGUGAUGAAAAAGAUCUUACAAUGCAUCAUGAUGACUAUGCCCGGUCCUCAUGUGUUCCUGUUGGUGCUAAAGCUAAAUUCCUUCUCACAGCAAGAUGAAGAUACACUGAAAACCUUCAAGAACAUCUUCAAAGACGCAGAACGUCAUACUAUCGUCUUGUUCAGCCAUGGAGAUCAAUGUGAGGAUGAUAAUUGUAAGGUUCAACAUCAAUGUCAAGAUUUCGCUAAAAGAAAAGAAGAUGUCAGAAAUGUCAUCGUUCUGCGUGAUGAUGCAUUUCAUGUCCUUAACAACGAAGUCGAGGAUGAGUGUCAAGUUAGUGACCUGGUGCAGAAGAUCAAGAACAUGGUCCAGGAAAAUGGCUACUACAGAGGCGAAAUAUAUGAAAAGGCUGAGAAUGCCUUAGAAGAAAAUAAUAAACCCCAUGAGGUACAGGAAGGUAAUAACGAGCAGUCAUUUUGGAAGCAUAUGGAGGACCUGAUCAACAAGGGUCAGGCUAAAUUGAAGGGAUACAUUCUAGAUUCCUUUCCAGCUGUGAAAUGUUUCCUCAACAAAAUACAAGACAUAGCAUAUGAAUGCAUGCCAGCUGAAGCUAAGUAAAAUGAGCUCAUCAAACAGGUACUGAAACACAUACAGCACAGGGAAAAUCAUAGUGGUGAAAGGAUGCAAAUAUAUUGUUUAUUUUUCACUGUUCAAUACACUUUUCAAAAUGUGUACAAUGUGUAGAUGCUAUAUUCGUAAUCUGUGGACAGUUGGGGCAUUGACUGUUGUGUGAAUAGUGAUCUUUUUCUUUUCAGGAAAGGUGACAGUAGUGUGAGUUUGUUAUACUGCUACAUAAGGCGUCAGGUUGAUUUUUUUCCUACCAAAAUCUCUAAACAUUGUCACUUGACUGUCCAGUCACCACAGUCCCGAUGAGAUACGAUGCUUGCUAAGCAAUAAGCUUUUAUUACCAAGCGUUUCGCCUCUUAGGCUACACACAGGCCACUCCUUCUUAUUGGAGAAGGUUGUUGGAUCAGUAUGCAUCCCAAAAGGAAACCUGCUAAAAAACAAGGUGCUGCCAAAGUUAUUUACAGUUAAUUUUCCCCUAAAAGAUGCGAGAAUUAUACAUCUAUCAAAAAGUCAGAUUGUAAAGCACAGAGCUCUUUGCAGUAAAAGUAAAUUGUACUUAUCAGAGGAGAUUUAAUGCAUCACACUUUUACACUUUAUAUUUUGAUACAUUCACUGUGCUAAAUUGCUCCUUAUUAAUUAACUUGUGUAGAUCUGUUAAGAGGUAGGUGGUCAGCUGGUCCCAGGACUGCUAGUGGUUCGUCAUGCAUCCACAUCCCUCUGUUCAGAGCAUUAUAAUGGCUGAAGCUACAGCAUCAUAGUAGGGUGUAUUUGAAAGCCAUACUGCAGCAGCUAAGGUUGACAGAUGAAACUCUUACAAGCUAAGAGUAUACCAGCAGUCUACAUUUUACUUGUCAUGCUUGUUGCUGUAGCCUGAUGAAUAGAGACCAAAAAAUGUAUAAUAACAGUUAACUACUUUUAUUCCAUGGAUGAAAAUGAUAUAUUUUGACCCCAGAUGAUCUUGCUCAGGUAAAAGUGAAGAAGAGACACACCUGUAUUAAAUAGACAUUGAAUUAUGAAACAUCACAGCAUCUCCUAAUUUGAUUUGUUUGCCAAAUCAUUAUUUAUUAUAGACAACAACAAGAUGGAAUGUAUGUUUUUAAACGCAAACUUAAAUACUCACACUUAAUGGAUACACACUGGGAAUGUUGUCCUGGUGUAUAUGUAUCAGGUGAUCUAAUCAGGAGAUAAUGAUUUGUCAUUUCAUCACAAAUAACAAGAGUAUGUUUAUUUCUUUAUCUUUACCUGAGGAAGAACAUCAGUAACUUAAUUACUAUAUAAAUAAUAAAUAUAAAUAAUUCAAGUCACAUCUACAUCAAAUAAUAGACCCAGUGUAUUUUAUUUUUGCUACUCAAGUAAUUUUUUCAGUAAAUAUUUUUGUACUGUCACUCAUGUUGUUAUUUUGAUGACCACUUUCACUUCGACUUGAGUACUUGUUUUUGCAAAGUUACAGUUCUUAUACUUGAGUAUCUCUGUCAGUCUUUAUAACUUCCUGUUAAGCUUCACUUUGAGAAGUCAAUGUAUGAUUGUUGUUGUAUGUGGGAGUGGGCUUUUGUUUUUGAACUUAAAUGGGUCUGACACGAAAUCAUGCAACAUAAAUCAAAUAAUAGCGUAAAAUGUUUAAAUCAAAGCACCUCAAACCGUUUCUGUGCUCUGUCUGUCUGAUGAAAUGUUUAUGGCGGGAGCUUUCAACAUUAAUUUUGUGUUUGAGGAAAAACUGUUAACUGAGCAAAGAAUUUUCAGUCAUUUGAGAUGUAUGUAAGUAGAUUUGUUAACCUGUAAUUAAAUCCUGUUGUAAACUGCAGGUAAAAAAAAUUAAAUGCUUAUUUUGUGCAUACAUAUUGUGAUGAAAGGCUUCCAUCAAUUUCCUUUAAUAUUUUGGAUAACACUUAAAUAAGGCUGGCAUUAUUAUUUAAGUGUUAUACUUGUAUUAUCCUGAAUCCUUGUCAACGUUUAUACGUAUUUUAUUUUCAUUCAACAUGUGUGGUGGGUUACUGAUCAGGUGUUUUUAUUCCCUGUGCAUCCUUGAUGUUUCUUGCAUCAUAUGAAUAAAGUGAUAUCUGUCUAAUCUG